AUGGGUUGUUAAGCUAUGAAACAAAAAAAGCAUAUUGUAUAAAUUGCUAAUUUGGAGAUAAUACUCAAAUAACAAAUUUAUGAUUUAGUAUAAUAAUGUAAUAACAAAUUUAAUUUAAAGAACAAUAGAUUACUCUAGAAAGUUAAGAAGAAAUAUUCAUUUAUGAUAGCACUUUAGAAAAGGAAGUAAAGGUUCCAAAGCUGAGAUAACCAAGUAAAUAGUUUAAUUAAAUUUAAAGUAUUUAAUCCACUUGUUUAAAGAAGAAAAUUAUAGAGAUUGGAAGAUAAUGUUAAGUUGUAAAGUAAUUGAACUAAAAAAAUGAUAAAUAUUUUGUAUUUAGAAUUUCUAAUUAAAAAAGUUUUAAUUAAAAUUUUAUGUUGUGUAGUUCAAAUUAAGAAAACUUGUAAAAGAGUAAAUUGAUCUAUUAAGUUUCUGACUUUUCUUUUGAUCCAGAGGUAUAUUAAUAUCAAAAAAUAUUAGUUUGAAAUAUAUACGGAUUAUUAUUAGAAAAAGAUCGCUCAAAUCACAAAUUAAGGAACAGUUCGAAUUUUUGAAUUGUUAAAUAAUAAUAACAAGCAAAUGAAGAGAUUGAUAGCGGAAUUUUAAGCGUAUUAUUUCAUUAAUGAAGACAUUAGGGAUAAAUAAUUUCAUUUUCAUGGUUGAGUCCAAAAUAUGAAAAUUUGAUUGCUACUUGUGGUAAAGAUAAUUUAAUAAAAAUUUGGAAAGAAUAAGCUAGUUAAUGGAAAAUAGAAAAAUAAAUAUUAAUAACUUAAUCAUAAGCUAAUAUAAUUUAAUGGGCAGAUAAUAAAUUUAUUUUAGCAGCAGGAUAUAAUAAUGGAUAUUUAGAAGUAAUAGAAGGCUAAGACUAUAAAAUUACAAACACUAAUGCUUAUAAUUAACAGUUAUUUUGCUUAGAUUGGCUAAAAAGUGAAUAAGAAUAAAUUAUAGUAACUGGGGGAAUAAGUGAUAAUUAAUCAAUUAUUAAAAUUUGGAAUGUCUUAUCAGAUUAAUAAACUAUUAUUGAUAAAGUCUUUGAAUAUAACUGUAUAGAUAAAAUAAGACACGUUAAAUUCGCACCUCAAAUUUUUAACUUAGAACUUUAAUUAGCUAUUUGCUAUGGGAAUUAUUUAGAUAUUUUAACUUUGAAUUAUAAUACAGAGUUUAUUAAACCUUUAACAUUAUAAAAGAAAUAAUAAAUACAAUUAAAUGUAAAAUUUAACUUAAUGUAGAAUAUUUGCUAAAAAAUAAGUUGGUCAAUAUUAGGAAAUGAACUUAAGAUAUAUUUUGAUAAUUAAAUGCAUUAAUUUUACUAAAGUGAAGAAAAUGAAUAUCUAAAAUAAAACUGA